AUGAGGCAGGAGGAUGGCCACGAGUUCGCGUUCCUUGCUCGGCUGAAUGGUUCCAGCUCCAUGCCAGGUGCUCCUUCCCGUCUGCCCUUCAGUGAUCCGUUCUUUGUGGUGGAGACCCUAUGUAUCUGCUGGUUCUCCUUUGAGCUGCUGGUGCGUCUGGUGGCCUGCCCAAGCAAAGCCAUAUUUUUCAAGAAUGUGAUGAACCUUAUCGACUUCGUGGCCAUCCUGCCUUACUUUGUGGCACUGGGCACAGAGCUAGCCCGGCAGCGGGGUGUAGGUCAGCCAGCUAUGUCCCUGGCCAUCCUAAGGGUCAUCCGAUUGGUACGAGUUUUCCGUAUCUUCAAGCUAUCCAGGCAUUCGAAGGGCCUACAGAUCUUGGGUCAGACGCUUCGGGCCUCUAUGCGUGAGCUAGGCCUCCUCAUCUUCUUCCUCUUCAUCGGUGUGGUCCUCUUCUCCAGUGCAGUCUACUUUGCUGAAGUAGACCGGGUGGACACCCAUUUCACCAGCAUCCCGGAGUCCUUCUGGUGGGCAGUGGUCACUAUGACCACAGUUGGCUACGGAGACAUGGCACCCGUCACUGUGGGUGGCAAGAUCGUGGGCUCUCUGUGUGCCAUUGCGGGGGUGCUCACCAUUUCUCUGCCCGUACCUGUCAUCGUCUCCAACUUUAGCUACUUUUACCAUCGGGAGACAGAGGGUGAAGAGGCAGGGAUGUACAGCCAUGUGGACACACAGCCCUGCGUCACACUGGAGGGCAAAGCUAAUGGGGGGCUAGUGGACACUGAGGUGCCGGAACUCCUACCACCACUCUGGCCCCCUGCUGGAAAACACAUGGUGACCGAGGUGUGA